AUGAGCACUUUAUCGGAAGUGGAACCAAUGGAUUCCAUAGAUUUUAACAAGCAUGUAACAUCUCAAAUAGCAUCAUCCUUUAAAACUAAUAUCGAUGAUAAAAAGACUGAUGGUGGUUCAACCAGUGACAAAAUAGAUGAUAAAUCAGCGAUUUUCACUGAUGACAAUAAGUCAGUAGCACUCACUAUCGAAGAAGUAGAUGAUAAUAAAGAAGAACUAAGAGCUCUUCGAGGUCAAGGACGUUAUUUUGGUCUUGAGGAUGACAAUUUAAACAAAUUAGAACCAAAAUGUAACAAUUGUUCGCAAAGAGGUCAUUUAAAAAAAAACUGUCCCCAUGUAAUUUGUACUUACUGUGGUGUUUUAGAUGAUCAUUAUUCUCAACAUUGUCCAAAAGCCAUAAUUUGUUCAAAUUGUAAUGAAUCAGGCCAUUACAAAUCGAAAUGUCCACAAAAAUGGAAAAGAAAAUUCUGUACUAUGUGUAACAGUAAAAUACAUUCAAGAGAUAGAUGCCCAAAUGUUUGGAGGAGUUACUUAUUAAAAGAAUCACCAGAAAAUUCAAAUAAUAAAAAUGAUACCAACACUAAGAAACAAUCAAAAUUAUCUAUUGAUUUCAUAUCAUGCUACAAUUGUGGUUUCUCAGGCCAUUUUGGUGAUGAUUGUAGAGAAAGAAGAUCGUCGAAAGUUCCAAUAGAAGAUGGCAGUGCAUUUUCGGGUGACAACUUAGCACCCUCUUUAAAAAAAGAAUAUUACUCAUUAUUAAACAAGGUAAUGAGCAAAACUAACAACAGGCAUAAACGAUUUGAUGACGAUCAUGAUAAAAAAGGUAAUAAUCAGAAAAAUCUAAAAAAAGAGAAGAGGCAAGAUAAGAAGUCACAAUCAGCUAAACGUAAUUACAAUGAUUCUAGAACAAAUAAUAAAAAGAGAAGAAGAGAUGAUUAUGAUUAUGAUAUAAGUGAUGAUAAUGGCUACGAUAAUCAUCAUACUGGAAACUAUGGCAAUAGAAAUGAUUAUAAAGGAUCUAACUACAAUGAUUAUGAUAGGUAUAGUAAUGAUAGUGAAAAAUACAGAAAUAAUAAUCAAAAAUAUAGAGACUACAAUAAUCAAAGAAAUAAUAACAGAAAUAGUAACAGACAGACUAGCAGAAAUAAUGAUAGAAAUUUUAAUAGAAACAACAAUUAUAGAAAUGAUAGGCAUCCUUUGGAUUUCCCAAGAUCUAAGAGUGAUUCCUCUAAUCACAUCUCCCAAGAUAUGAAUAAUUCUCGUUAUGGCAGGUCUAGUAAUAAUGACCUUCCUAAAGGGCCAAAUAAUUAUAAAAGGCAUAAUCAGUUUAAGUCAUUUCGAAAAAACCAAAAUUAA